CGUACGGUCGAUAUUUGAGUCCUCAUCAGUUUACAAAAUGGCUGGUAAUGAACAGGCAAAAAACGAUUUUAAUAACAUUUUAACAAGCGUGGAUAGAAAGUUUGAUAUAAUUCACGUAAAAUGGAGCGAAUCGAAGUAUUUUGAAUCGAAAUUUCGUACGCAAAUACCGCGAAACAGCGACGAUUUUAAUACGCUCUGCGACGAUUGGGUGGAUCAAUUCUCGAAAGUAACGUCGACGAUUUGGGUGAAGAAAAUUUCGAAUACCGGCCCGAAAAUACGAUUUCGAAAGCAGUAUCAAUGCUGGCCGCAGACAAGCAAGGAGGUCCAGAAGGAGUUGCUCUUCGAUUCAAGAAGGUGCAAGGGCACUUUGGACAUGAAGGUUUUAACGGAUAACCCGUUGACGAGGAGAAAGAAUAAGCAUAUACGAAUGGGACUUAAUGUCGUUGUUAAAAUCAAUUUCACCCAUCUACACCAUGUGGAUACGGCGCAGCCUUUCGCGUUCUUCGUGCACACUUGCGAGCCACAGCUGGAAGCGCCGAGGCCGGUCGUGCAGGUCGACAGUGACAAGCUCUCGCAGAAGGUUGCCGAAAUGGUGCAGAAAGGCCUAAAUGCGUCGCCCAAAGUUCUGAACCCCAAUUUAGUGUCGAAUAAGACAAUGCACGCGAGCGACAUCGAAGUGACACUCUUAGAAACCGACCAAAUUUUGCAGCACAGCCAGUUGCAGUUACUCAACAUGGAUUCGGUGAACUUAAAUCAGACCUUACCGAUACAGAAUUCCUCCGAUUUAAAGGUGCAGGUUCAGCCGACUCUGCAGCAACUAACGCAGGUAUUAGUAAGUACGCCCCAGUUGGACAUAUCGGAACCGCUAUUAAUGUGCCAACCUGCCUUAAUGUUUGAUCCCGCACAGGUGAUCCCUGUGUCUGCGCAUCACAUACCGCACCAUUUCGUACAGGUGCAUUCGCAUAAUAUUUCAAAUCAGCAUCAUUACUUAUAAAAGUGUUUUGUUUGGGACCCAUUUUAGGUGCUUUCGUACGAAGGUGCUGAGGGGCCACAUAUGAAUUUAAGGC